AUGUCUAGUUCUGAGAACUUGGGCAGCCUCCUCAGCGUUCCCAUCUGUGAAGAAGAGAUAAUAGUAUCUACCUUCCUGGCGUUGUCCCUACCCCCUCCCCACAGGCCUUUCAGAGUCCCCGUUGGUUUCCUCCGAACUUCCCUGCUGCUGGAGAAUGUGUUUACCGGGCAGUCCAAGAUCUACACCUACAUGAGCCCGAACAAAUGCUCUGGAAUGCGUUCCCCCCUUCAGGAAGAGAACUCAGUUGCACAUCACGAAGUCAAAUGCCAGGGGAAGCCAUUAGCCGGAAUCUACAGGAAACGGGAAGAGAAAAGGAACGCUGGGAACGCAAUACGAAGCACCAUGAAGUCCGAGGAACUAAAGAUCAAAGACGCCAGGAGAGGUCCCCUGGCACCAUUUCCAAACCAAAAAUCCGAAGUAGCAGAACCUCCAAAAACUCCGACCUCGUCUUGUGAUUCCUCCGGUGCAGCCAUCGCCAAGCAAGCCCUGAAGAAGCCCGUCAAGGGCAAGCAGGCGCCUCGGAAAAAAGCUCAAGGAAAAACGCAACAGAAUCGCAAACUCACAGAUUUCUACCCUGUGCGGAGGAGCUCCAGGAAGAGCAAGACCGAGCUGCAGUUUGAAGAAAGGAGAAGACUAGACGAAUUGAUCGAAAGUGGAAAGGAAGAAGGCAUGAAGAUUGACCUCAUCGAUGGCAAAGGCAGGGGCGUGAUCGCCACCAAGCAGUUCUCCCGGGGCGAUUUUGUGGUGGAAUACCACGGGGACCUCAUCGAGAUCACCGACGCCAAGAAGCGGGAGGCUCUGUAUGCGCAAGACCCCUCCACCGGCUGCUACAUGUACUAUUUCCAGUAUUUGAGCAAAACCUACUGCGUGGAUGCAACGAGAGAGACAAAUCGCCUGGGAAGACUGAUCAAUCACAGCAAAUGUGGGAACUGCCAAACCAAACUGCACGACAUCGACGGCGUGCCUCACCUCAUCCUCAUCGCCUCCCGCGACAUCGAGGCGGGGGAGGAGCUCCUGUACGACUACGGGGACCGCAGCAGGGCCUCCAUCGAGGCCUACCCCUGGCUGAAGCAUUAACCGCCCGCCUCCCCCCUCCCGCGGACAAAGUGCCCUCAAAGGGAAUUGAUUUUUUUUUUUUUUACACACACUUAUUAGCAGAUUACUUCAGAUGUUUUUAAAAAGUAUAUUAAGAUGCCUUUUCACUGUAGUAUUUAAAUAUCUGUUACAGGUUUCCACAGUGGACUUGAACAGAUGGCCUUAUAUUACCAAAACUUUUAUAUUCUA